AUUCUUUUCUUCAUUUCCCCUCGUCUCUACGUGGAUUGAGUGGCCUAGACGCAUUCACCAGAAAUUACAGGAAAUAUUGCCAUAUAAUUCAACCCAUUUUUCCUUGGAAAUCAAUGUAUAUACUCCAAGCCACAAGAACCCCAUUUUGCCUUUCAAUUCCUGACUUGAAAUUCAUUCAUGGCUCUCCCUCUCUGCCAUCUCCAACCCCUCUCUGCAUUUCCCCUCCAACCAAGAAAAUUCCCCCCAAAAGCCUGUUACUUGAAUCCCCACUUCAAUCAAGAGAAGGCCCAAAUUCAGUUCUUGGCUUUCAGUAAAAGAUUCCAUUACAUUUCUCCCGUAAAGUCGGCUUCUGUAAACGGGUACCCAUUAAAUAAAGAGGAUGAUAAUUCUUUUGCAGACAGUGAUAAAGUUGAGUUGAGUGAGAAGUUGAAGAAAUGGGUUCAGCUUGUGAAAGAAAUCUUGCCUGGUGGAGAGUGGUGGAAGCUCUCUACUGAGGAAGUUGAAGAUGUAAUUCCGGCGAAGCCCGUCACUGUUUGGCGGGCCCUCAAGAAAAUGUGGGAGUUGAUAAGCCAGGAUCGAUGGGUUAUAUUUACUGCUUUUGUUGCGCUCAUUGUGACGGCACUUUCAGAGAUAUCGAUUCCACAUUAUCUGACUGCAUCAAUCUUUUCUGCCAAAAGUAGUACGAUUGCUCUGUUCCAUCAGAAUGUGCGUCUCUUGGUUCUGUUGUGCAUCACUGCAGGAAUAUGCAGUGGUGUGCGCGGUUGCUUGUUUGGGAUUGCAAAUAUGAUCCUGGUCAAGCGACUGAGGGAAAGAUUAUACUCUACUCUGCUUCUUCAGGACAUAUCCUUUUUUGACUCUGAAACAGUUGGAGGUUUAACAAGUAGGCUUGGUUCAGAUUGUCAGCAAGUCUCACGUGUGAUAGGAAAUGACCUAAAUCUGAUAUUGCGCAAUGUUCUUCAGGGCUCAGGUGCUUUGAUUUACUUGCUGAUUUUGUCAUUGCCACUUGGACUAUGUGUAUUAGCGAUUUGCAUCUCUCUCUCAACCAUGAUGCUGAUAUAUGGCCAGUAUCAAAAGAAAUCUGCAAAGUUGAUUCAAGAGUUCACAGCUUCUGCUAAUGACGUUGCACAAGAGACACUCUCUUUGAUGAGAACUGUUCGAGUAUACGGGACAGAGAAACAAGAACUAGGAAGGUAUAAGCAAUGGCUGGACAAAUUAGCUGGCAUAAGCUUGCGACAAAGUGCUGCUUAUGGGUUUUGGAACUUCGGCUUCAACACUCUUUAUCACUCAACACAGGUUAUUGCUGUGCUGAUAGGAGGAAUGUCUAUUCUGAGUGGUCAUAUUACGGCGGAGCAGCUUACAAAGUUCAUUUUAUACAGCGAAUGGCUAAUCUAUUCCACAUGGUGGGUUGGGGAUAAUUUAUCAUCAUUGAUGCAGUCUAUUGGAGCAAGUGAAAAAGUUUUUAACCUGAUAGAUCUUUCAGCCAGUGAUCAGUUUACCGUAAAAGGAUUAAAGUUGCAAAAGUUAAUGGGACGAAUUGAAUUUGAUGACGUCUCCUUCCACUACCCUUCCAGAAAGGAGGUGCCUGUACUGCAACAUUUCAACUUAAAAGUGCCUCCUGGGGAAGUAGUUGCCAUUGUUGGCCUUAGUGGUAGUGGGAAGAGCACGGUAGUGAACCUUUUGCUCCGUCUUUAUGAGCCCACAAAUGGCGAGAUACUGAUUGACGGCUAUCCAAUGAAAGAAUUGAAUGUUAGGUGGUUGAGAGAAAGGAUUGGAUACGUGGGACAGGAGCCACGACUCUUCCGCAUGGAUAUCAGCUCAAAUAUAAAAUACGGGUGUCCUCGAGACAUUAGUCAGCAGGAUGUGGAAUGGGCCGCAAAACAGGCCUUUGCACAUGAUUUCAUAUCAUCCCUGCCUAAUGGCUACCAAACACUAGUUGAUGAUGAUUUGCUCAGUGGAGGGCAAAAGCAGCGGAUUGCUAUUGCUCGGGCCAUUCUUAGAGACCCCAGCAUUUUGAUCCUUGAUGAAGCCACUAGUGCUCUAGAUGCAGAGAGCGAACACAAUGUUAAGGGUGUUCUUCGUGCUGUGCAAAGCGAUUUACAAGCCAGGAGGACGGUUAUUGUAAUUGCACAUAGGCUUUCAACAAUCCAAACUGCAGAUAGAAUAAUAGUAAUGGAUGGUGGUAAAAUUGUCGAGAUGGGCAACCACACGGAGCUCCUAAGGAAAGAUGGGCUAUAUGCACGUCUGAUCAGGCGACAGGCUGAUGCAGUUGCCUGAUCCCGUAGCCGCUUUCUAUUUCUUAAAGAACAGACACAUGUAUCAACCCCCUAUACGUCUUAUAACUGAACAACAGAUGAAAAUUUCAAAUGAGCAAGCCGGCAUUAGGAAAUCAACCCAAAGCCAGCUUAACCUUUUUGACAUGAGGAUAGCAGCUUCAUACAGAUUCCAGUCUCAAACUUAGUUCCCAGAUUCUUGAUAAGAAGAGCGAAUGUUGAAAUAGGAGAUAAUACUACACAUGUAAGUUCCUUCUUGGGGGCCUUUAACAUACAGGGCAGUUUCUGCAACGGCUUUCUGGAAAACAGAAGGCAAAUCUGCAGGUGCUCAUCAUUGUACUUUUGUAUUUUGUAUGAUAAGAUGUCAAAAUUCAGUACAUUUUUAUGAUUCCUUGCUCUUACACAUUAA